AUGGUCAAUCUUAGACUGCUUCAAAUUAAUUAUGUGCAUUUGGAAGGGGACUUGAAGUUUCUUCCUGCUGAGUUGAAGUGGUUACAGUGGAAAGACAGCAAACUUGAACAUUUGUGGCGUGGGCGUGGUCACAAGGUGGCUGAGAAACUGAUGCUCUUGAAUCUGACCGGCUGCUUUAAUCUAACUGCUAUUCCUGAUUUAUCUGGUAAUGGGGCCUUGAAAAAGCUUAUUCUUGAGCAUUGCACCGGACUCACUAAGCUUCACAACUCUAUUGGGAAUUUGCAGACAUUAGUCCACUUGAACCUUAGAGAAUGUUCCAACCUCAUUCAACUUCCAAAUGAUGUCUCCGGCCUGACAAAACUUGAGAACCUAAUCCUCUCUGGUUGCUUGCAACUGAAACAACUGCCAAACAACAUGGACCGCAUGGUAUCAUUAAAAGAACUUCUCCUUGAUGACACUGCUAUAAUAAGUCUUCCCGAAUCUAUCUUCCGGCUUACAAAACUUGAAAAGCUCAGUUUGAACAGGUGCAAAUAUUUGAAAGGGCUUCCCGACUUGAUAGGAAAGUUGUGUUCUCUGAAAGAAAUCUCCCUUAACAGGUGCGAAAAAUUAGAAAAAAUACCGAAUUCGAUGGGAUCUUUGGCAAACCUUGAGAAACUAAGUUUGCUCUGGUGUACAUCACUGAGCAUUAUUCCCGAUUCAAUUGGCAACCUCAAAUCGUUGAUGGAGUUUUAUAUUUACGGUAGUCCAAUCAAAGAGCUGCCUGUGUCCAUUGGUUCAUUAUCAAACUUGAAGGAAUUAUCGACGGGGAACGGUCAAUUUUUGAGCAGAUUGCCUGAUUCAGUUGGAGGUUUGAAUUCUCUAGUUGUGCUAAAAAUAGAUCAGACAUUAAUCACAGAUCUCCCACAUGAGAUUGGUGCCUUGAAAACACUUGAGAAGCUUGAGAGCCCUAACUUCUAUAAUCAUAACUGA